GCAUUAUAAUCAUUUCCCAUUUAUAUUUUCCAUCGGCCUGUUGUUCCUGCUCGACCAUUUUGUCCCCCUACCACCGUCCUCCACCGCCGAAAGAACCCUUUUAGGAGGCGGAGGCGGAUCACCGUAAUGGGGAAGAAAAGAGGGUCGCACGUGGACAUGUUGUUCUUCACAUUGCUUCGAAGGCAAUCAAUGAAGAUCAAGGUCUUCUUAGCCAUGACGGCGUUUAUUUCCUCCCUUGUGGCUCUCAGAAGUUUCGUCCAAAACUACAAUAAUUUCUUCGUUGCCGCGGAAUCUGUUCACGCCGUUGGAAUAAUUGCUCUCAUUUGGAAGCUCACAACCCGAAAAACCUGUUCUGGGCUUUCGUUGCAGACACAAGAGUUGACGGCUUUAGUUUUAGCUGUAAGAAUUUGUUGUAGAUUUGAAAUCGGGCACAACAUUCACACAUUCCUCGACAUUGCUUCGUUGGUGUCUACUGCUUGGGUCAUCUACAUGAUGCGAUUUAAGUUGUAUGUCACGUAUAAUCAGCACCUGGAUAGAACCCCCAAAAUCUGUUUGUUGAUUCCUUGUGGUAUUAUGGCGGUACUGGUUUAUCCUAAUACUUCGCUUCCUCUUUACACCAAGAUGAUGUGGGCAUUUGGCGUGUAUUUGGAAGCGAUUAUGGUUCUUCCUCAACUUCAUAUGAUGCAAAGAACACAGUUGAUUGAACCCUGUACCGCACUUUAUGUGUUUGCACUUGGAUUAUCAAGAUUUUUCGGGGCUGCUUAUUGGAUUCUUCGGGUAUAUGAGUCAACAGAAGCAUAUUUGUUUUUACUGGGACAUGGCUACUUGUGGGUCCCGAUGGUGUUGGUAGCAGAGACUGUUCAGACGUUCAUCUUGUCCGACUUUUGUUAUUAUUAUAGUAAGAGUGUGUUAAACGGAAAUCUUCUUGUGAGAGUGCCACGGGUAUGACACGUCAUUUCUAAUCCAAACAUUUGCUAUGAAGAUCAUGCCAUGGAAAUUCAUUAAUUAUUUUUAAGUGUAAAUAUUUGGGUUAUACUUGUAAGUUUCGUAAUUUUGGUAUUAUUUACUACUCAAGUCUCGAUUAUUCUUUUUGGCUGA